UGUCAUCAAGCCAGUUGCCGCUGCAGCACAGAAGGGUCCCCUAGCCCAAGCUCCCCGCCGGCUAUUAGGUACACCUGUCCCUUCACCAGGCCUUGAGCCUUGAACUUGAGCACUAUCCCAUGACGAAGCUCUAUACCGCUUGACGACUAUAUUUCCACUUUCAGUUUGUUUUGAAGACCAGCUGCCAGCCUGUCUCGUCCAGUGCCGCCCCUCGAUUCCAGCCCUCUAGCAGACCGAGACACGUCUUCCGAAGCAGACAGCCAAGUUCGAAUUCGAGAUACGAGCCUCCAUGGCAGCUAACAGGCCACAACCUUUCCUCCGCCGACACCCAUAGAAAACACCAUAACCAUGCUGUCGACGUUGACCACCGCCCCGGCCAAGCAGUCGGUGAGCGAGACCAUCCCCAUCCUCAGCGGCCGCCUCAGCACAGCAACACUCCUCGAGGACCGCCGCGCCGCCAUCCUUGGUCUGCGUAGCUUCGCCAAACAGUACCCCGCCUCGGUAGCAUCCGGUGCUCUACGAAGUCUGAUAGGAAGUCUGGAUCGGGAUGGGGAGGAUGUCGACACAGUCAAGGUGGUGCUCGAGACGUUGCUGUAUCUCUUCGAGCCGGACCCGGACAGCCCCGAGGCCUCACCAGAGAUUGCCAUGUGGGUGGCAGAUGAGUUUACCAUGCGCCAUGAGAACAUUGGGUUACUGCUGGGAUUUUUGGACAGGGAGAGACUCGACUUUUACUCGAGGUUGUAUUCGUUACAACUACUUGCAGCCGUCCUGUCAGCACGCCCAGAGAGGACCGAGGAGUGCAUAGUGAAUGCCGAGGAUGGCAUUGCCCGGAUUGUAGCCGCCUUAGACGAGAAAAGGGAGCCUAUCCGGGACGCUGCGGUUGGCCUGCUCACGGAUCUCACACCAAUAUCCACGGUUAUUCAAGGCCUCGUGGCUUUUGAAAACGUCUUUGGGAGGGUAUUUGGCAUCGUCAGGACAGAAGGCGGUCUUGCUGGUGGGGCAGAAGUGGUGGUCAACUGUCUGAUCUUGAUGGCCAACUUGCUCCGGCUUAACCCAACAAAUCAGGCCAUGUUCAGGGAUAUGGGUUACCUGGCAGAAGUCAGCCGUCUAUUGAAAGACGCAUAUGGAGGGCCACAGGAGUUGGAGGAGCUCCCGCCGAGGAUUGAGGAGCUGCGAAACAGGAGUGUUUUUGCCCUUCUUGCUGUUAUCCGGUUGUUCCUUGUCCCUGGGGCCUCGGUGACGCCCCAAAACCAGGAGGCCUUUCUGGGUGACCUUUUGCAGCCAGAGCGAGGUCGCAGUGGGCGCACCAGCCGUGCCAGGGGAGAUCCAAUUCUUGUGGAAACCCUCCAAAUUGCCUUCUCGCCGGUUGCCGAGAUAUCGAUCAAGUCUGAAGCUCUACUAGCAUGUGCCGACAUGAUCAGAGGACACGCACCAGCACAGGAAGUAUUUGCCGGCAUUCAGGUACCAUCACCAUUAGCUGAUCUAGCAGCAGCUAACGGGCAAGGACCUCAGGCAAACGGCGGGAUUCCAAGAGUCUAUGUUAUCGACGGUCUUCUUGAUCUUGUUCUUGCUGUAAACUCACUACAGGCCUUUGAUCUACGGUUGGCCGGCUGUGUCUGCCUCAAAGCCUACUUCUACGAGCAUGCUCCAGUUCGCAUGCAUUUCCUUGAUCAUGCGAUCCGGGCACACCAGGCUAACGCAGACCAACUCACCAAUGUCCUGACCAUAUUGCUUCAGCCAAAAACCGAGUCUCUUACUGGAGACCCCUACAAAUACUGGUUCGCUGCGGUGUUGAUGCUACACCUCCUCCGCAACAACCCGGAGGCCAAGUCACUGGCCAGGGGCGUGACGGAAGGUGACGAAGCCAAUGGAGAAGAGGUUGUGACGAGCAUCCAGACUAUUGCGGCGCAUCUGCUCAGCUGUGUUGCCAAGUCUGAAGACCCUCGGGUCAUUGUUGGCUAUCUCAUGCUGCUCUUGUGCUGGUUAUUCGAGGAUCAUCCGGGCGUCAACGACUUCCUGGACGAGUUCACCAACCUCCAGGGGCUCAUUCAAGCAGCCAUCGAAAACCCACACGGCGAUGUCACUGUGCAAGGUCUCAGCGCGAUGCUUGCCGGUGUCAUCUACGAGUUUUCCACCAAGGACUCACCAGUACCACGAGCCACAGUGCGGGAGAUGAUCAUGACACGCAUGGGCCGUGAUCGAUAUGUCGACAAACUGUCCAAACUUCGCUCCCACCCCCUGAUGCGCGACUACGAAGUCUUGCCGCAAAAACUAGAGCCUGGCUUGGACCAGAAGCUACCGGAUGUUUUCUUUGACGACGCUUUUGUCGAGUUCUUCAAGGAUAACUACAGCCGGAUCCUCCGCGCUAUCGACCGUGAGCCAGACGCAGAGAUUUCGGUUAUCAUCAACGGGGUUGAAGAAGGGGUUUCGAGAAAACUUGUCGAUGAGCUCCGAGAGGAGAUCGCCCAAAAAGAAACAGAGCUCGGAGAUCUUCUUGCUGACAGGGAGGCGUUAUCGAAGCAACUAUCCCAGGAACAGGCCGCCCACGCCCAAACCAAAACACUUCAGUCAACCGACCUCGCCCGCACGAAUGAGACGCUGACUGCCUUGCGGGCUCAGUUGGCAACGAAAGAUCGUGCUAUUCAGGCGGCGGAGGCCCAAACAGCAAAUGUCAUGAAACAACUCACAGCUGAACAAUCCGAGCACCAGCGCGCCAGAGCUGAUCUCGCUCGGGCAAUUGAAACAGCCAACACCCUCCGCACGCAGUUGGCAGUUAAAGACAAGACCAUCGCCACAGCCGAGACGCAACUUACUACCCUACGACAGCAACUCGCGGCCGCGCAGGGGAGCGCCCAGCAAGCCUCGGUGGAGAUUUCGCGGCUCAAGGCGGCGAAUGAUGCUCUUCAGCGUACUCAUGGGGAUGAGAUACGCAGGGUAUUGGCUGAGCAUGAAGCUACGGAAGAGAACCUACAGCGUCAGCUCGCUGCUGCUAGCAAAACUUCGCAGGAGGAGACUGAGCGGAUCAGGCGGGAGUUGGAGGCGGGGAGGAAAUCGGCUGAGCAGGAGGUGGAGAGGGUUAAGAGGAGGUUGGAGGGGGAGCAGGCUGAUUUGAAGGCUACGAUCAGUAGGCUUGAGGUUGAUUUGAUGAAGGCGCAGGCGGAGGGGGGGAAGAAAGUUGGGGAGCUGGAGGGGAGGUUGAAGAAGGAGGGGGAGAUGAGGGAAAAGGCGGAAAGGAGGGUUAGGGAGGUGGAGGAGGGGGGGAAGAAGGAGAGGGCGGAAAAAGACAAGGAGUUGAAGAAGGCUAGGGGGUUGGUGGAGGAGAAGGAAAAAGAGAGGAAGGCGGCGCAGGGGGAGCUGGAUGAUUUGUUGAUGGUUUUUGGGGAUUUGGAGGAGAAGGUUAAUAAGUACAAGGAACGGCUCAAGGCUCUGGGUGAGACGAUAUCGGAUGAUGAGGACGAUGAUGAUGAAGAGGAGGAUGAGGAGGAUGACGAUGACGAUGAUGAGGAUGGAGACGAGGAGGAGGAGAAGGAGGAGGAGAAGGACAAGAAGAAGUGAGAACUUCGACCCCCAGUCAAAGCAUGGUAGGGCUGUAGAUAUGUCACAACAAUCAAAAGACUUCAAAAUACACUACAUGAUUUUAAAACAGC